AUGGCUGAAGAAGAGCUGCCCAACCUCACACCUUCGUCUUCGGUUUACUCUGAACGCUCGGAAGAGCUGGUAGCAGCACAAGCGCGGUUUGUUCCCCAGGGAAUCAACCCUUACUCUGAGUCUUUGUGGCUGUUUUCGAGAGGGGACAACGGUUCGGAAAUAAAGGCUCUACAAAGAGAUAGCUCUGUGCGCUUUGUGGAACCCCACGAGACUGCGAUUGUCAAACCAGAUGCAAUUUCCCGUAAUAGAAGACAAGCAACCAGGAAACCAUUGGAUGAUAGCAUCCAAAAUCUUGUUUUAUGUGAAAGACAGUACUGCAAUUAUCUGAGGUACUGUGUUGAGGCACAGGCCGAGUUUGCUCGGAAUCUCGAUACUAGGCAUAAAAUCAUGCUUUAUGGAACAUUGUCAAUUCUGAGCGAAUUGAGCGAGAACUUUUUGGGCUAUUUGAUUGAAGCCCUCAAUGAAACGGCCGGGGUAGAGUUUCUUGCUCCAGAAAAGCCAACUUCAACUUCUCUCCCAUCGGAAGCGAACCUCAUACAGAUUGUUCAUGCAGCUAACUAUGAGAAUCUCAAACUGGGUACAAUCUUCAGUUUCUACAGUUCUCGUCUCCAAUCAGCUUUGGGUUCAUAUCUAUCAUCGCAGCAUCAAAGACUAGAAAUUGCAAGAGAUAUCCACAGUCUUCAUUCUCAGCACCUAGAGGAAGAGUUCAAAUCCUUGCAAGACUUUGAGAGGGUGUUCAAUCGACCUGUGAGCCGCAUCAACGAACUCAACUGUGAAGUCGCUGAAAUUUUGGAGAAGAGCAAGAUGUUACUUUGCAAAAAUGAGCAGAUUUUAUUACGAUCAUGCAAGGAUCAACUUGCAAAGAUCAUCAAAGAGCCUCCCCUACCACCAAGGCCGAAGAUAGAGAGCUUGCCUUUAAACCACGACUCAUCGAACGCAAAGGACUAUAUGUUGAUAGCUUUCCAGCUGAAACACAAGUCUUCGAGUUUAAGACAAUUGGAGAGAGAUGUAUCUUAUUCAGCUCAAGCCUUUGGCGAUCUCGUGAGCUUCAUAGUGGAGGCUGCUUACGACUAUAAGAUGAACACCCAAGACGCUACUGCCGUCAUACAGUUUGGUCCUUCCUCCGCAUCCCAUCCGUACGUACUCUCUCCCUACGACGUUUACCUGAACAAGGUAACCGAGCAACAGAAAGCCUUCAGGGAGUUGAAACCCAAGUUUUUGGCGAUUGCAAAACACCUGAAAAGUUUGGCAGAUUGGUGUGAUAAUCUAUGGCUACAGGUUAACCGAACGUCUGACUCUUUGAGGAAACAGGGUGUGCUGAAAAGAAUUCUCUCCAAGCAUCCCGAGCCCCAAAUCUCCCGACGAGACAGCUCGUUCAUUAAUCAACUGAGCGAGGCUCACCAACUGCUGAACCUGGCUGUUGAAAAAAUAUUUCACCUCUACUACAAUGCCUCACUAGAGUUUCUCAGAUUGAUCUCGGGCGAACCCACCAUAAUACGCAACUGGAACACAAUUGUCGAGUCCUACACCAACACCGUUGCGCACAACAGACAGGCGCUAAUAUACCAGGACAAAAACAUCGAAAACUCGCCACUGUUCAAGAAACUAUACUCUUAG